AUGUCGGGUCACUCCGACGUCACUUCCACCGCCUCCCCGUCUCCGGUCCGUCGCAGAGCCACCAGAAUUUUCAUUUCUUCCUCAUCUUCGCCCUCGUCGUUGCCUUCUCCUCCUCCUCCUUCCUCUUCUUCUGCCUCUAACCCUGACCUGCUCAAUCCCAUAGUCAUCAUGAGUUCUCCUUCUGCCCGUUCUCCUUCGGCCCGAGCCGUUGAGGAGGCAGCCGAGCUAGAUGCCCUCAUCGCGCGGCAGGCUACCUCUACGCCUCCCCCCAGGUCCCCGCACGACUCCUCCGGCGGAGCCCAAGGUGGAGCCGGGGAGGAUAGGGACGCCUCUGAGGGGACCCCUGCUUCAGAGCAGGGGGAUGACCCCGAGCUCUCCUAUGGUCAUGUCGACCUGCAGGAGGCCACCCUAUCUUCCAAGGCGGUGGCCGAGCUAGCCAAAUCUUACUCCAUUCCUCCGGUCUACGAGCCGAGGGCGGCCGGGCCUAACGACCGGGCCUGCAGACUUCCCCCGAGCUUCGUAGCCAUCUAUAGGGAGCAGCUCAUCGCCGGGCUCCGUCUCCCCAUUCCCUCAGCUCUUACCGAGAUCCUGAACCACUGA